GUUAGAGACAGUGUCUUAGAGAAUCAGAGCAAUGAAGAUCAGCAUAUCAAAAUGUAAGUGGUGAGUGAUUUUAAAAGACUAGAAAGAAGGGCACUCUAGCGGCUUGUCCUCCAGGUUCAGGUUCUCUUCACUGUUUCUGGCCAGCAGUUGUGGUUCUGUUUGAAGACCCAUAGCCUCAGCUGCAUGAAGGAAUCCAACUCCAAAGAUAUCCCAUGUCAGAAGAAGAUUAAGACAAUGUGUCUCUGAAUCGAGAAGCACUGAGAAGAUUAUGUCCAUGAAUUAGCGAGGGAAGAUAAAUGGUGAAGAGCUGGUUGAGAAUGUCAAAGAAAAUGGAAGCAGGGACACUCCUGAUGCUGUUGAUGUCAAACAUCCUUCUGUGGGAGAAUGUGGCCUCUGUGCCCAGGCAUGCCAGUGGGGCUGGGCGUGGUGAGAUGUCUCUACAUGGCCUGCUUGAUCAUGCCAUCAUUCUAGCUCAUAAUGUCACUGAGCUCAUUGCAGAAAUGAACAGUGUAUUUCUGGAGGAUGUGCUAUAUAAACCAGGCAGGUGGUUCCCUGAAAGAGACCUUACUGCCUGCCACCGAUCACCAUUUACUAUUGCAGUGUCUAAAGAAGGAACCCAACAGAGGCUGGGUGUAUUCCUGGUGAAAGAGAUGAUUGGUAUGUUGGAAACUUGGACAUUCUCUCUAUAUCAUAUAGCAAAUGAAAUGAGUCAUAUGGAGGAACCCCCUGAUGAGAUUAUAUCAAGAGCCAAAAACAUUGAAGAAAAAAUCAAAGAACUUAUGGAUGUUCUUAAAGGUAUACUCAACAAGAUUCAACCUGGAUCCCCAGAAAAUGAGAGAUUCCCUAUGUGGAAUGAACUGGCAUACUUGCGGUCACCUGAUGAAGAACGUCGCCAUUUUGCUUUUACAAACUUAUUCCAGUGCUUGCUCCAGGAUUCACGGAAAUUUGACUCAAAAGUCAGACUACUGAAGUGUAGACUUAUCUAUAAUAGAGAUUGCUAAUCUCACAACCAUCCAAUUUACUUUAGAAUGAUUGUGUUUAAUCUUUCUAGUUUUAACCAAUUUUAAAUUUUUAACUUUGGAUGAAUGUUUUUAUGUGAAGAAUCCUUCAUUAGAAAUAAAAUGGACUCUUUAAACAUAUUAAUGUCUAAAA